CAAAAGAAGGGACAAUUUGAGUACAUCACCAGCACCACAUUUGUAAUAUCCUGGAAUUCAUUUGUGGGGGAUCAAUGCUCAGUGAUUAUAUGGGACAGUUUUUCAGCCAGCUGCAAAACCCGAGAUAGUGGUGGAAACAGUCAUUGGGUAAACUGUGUAAAACACAGUGGCACUAGCACAAACUGCUUUCUUACAAACUUAAUGCCAUAUACAAACUAUUUAUGCAGUAUUAAUGGAAAAGUCAACAAGAAAGAUUAUGUAAUUUACACUGGUGAGAAAAAAACACUUUCUGACAAGCCCAUUUUCCAAUCACAAAUUGAAGUAACCCACCCUGAUCACAAUUCUCUUGAAAUAAAAUGUGAUAAAAGGGAACCAAAGAUCAUCUGGAAUGGAGGAAAGGGAACAUUCAAGGCUGAAAUCACAUACAGUGGAGAAACUAUCACUAAAACCAGCCACACAUGCUUGUUCACAUUUUUAGAGCUUUACUACCUUACAACAUAUGAUGUGAAGAUUACAGCCAUGAAUACAGAAGGAUAUUCAGAUGUCAUUAAACGUGAAGCUACUACUAAAUAUAAUGACAAGGCUGUCAUUGGAUGUCUAAUCGGAUUUCUAAUCAUUGUGACGUCAGCUGUGCUCCUCAAAAUUUACUAUGUCAAAAGAAAGCGGGAUGGUGAAGAUGAAGAUUGUGUUAAUCAGGACAUAUUCACUAAUUGUGAAUAUGUGAAUGUUUCUAUGCAUGGAAUGGAGACGAAACAACAGACCAUCUGGUGAAUAUGAAUAGAUGCAGUUUUGUAAACAAAUACUGUGUUAUUGUUAAAAGAAGCACACCAUCAGUUUAGAUGACUGCAUAUACAAUGGAAGCACAACUUUCACUUCUAAGUAUAGAAAUAGAGGUCAUUAACACAAAACUAAUUUUUUGCUUUGAAAAACUUGUUUAAUGAUGUGAACAAUGAAUACAAAUAUUGAAAAUAGAUAGAUAUAUAGAUAUAUAGAUAGAUAGACAGAUGCAAAUGGUUAAAUGAUACACAUUUUCAAUUGCCAAAAACCAAAUGUGGGUCACUUUCUAUACAACUGCUCUUUUUUCUUCAGUGUCUGAAAACAAGUUAUGUUAAAACUAGAAUUUUAUGUUGUUUCUCUCUGUGACUUUUUUCCAAAGAAUGUGUGCCUGUAACUCAACAAGUAUUAAACAUAUCUCAAAAUC